UUGACUGGCACUUGGGUGCAGAAGAGUCAGCCACAUCGAGUGACCAAGCGGAUGUGCCCCCAGGAGAGUUCCAUCCAACCCUCCCAGUUCCUCCUGCUGGUGGGGGUCCCAGUGGCAAGUGCCCUCCUUCUGGUUCAGUGCCUUCGGUGGCACUGUUCUUGGUGGCUACCAGGAGCCUUCUGGAAGUCAGAUGGCCAAGAGGACCCAGUGUCCCAGUCCACCCCACUACCAGAAUACGAGGCUCCAAGGCAGUUCCCACCAGUCACAUUGUCAGAGGUGGCUGCCUUCUACCAGGAACUGCACACGCCCACCCAGGGCCAGACUGUCACCCGCCAGUUGAUGCACAAGCUGCUGGUGUUUUCUGCUCGAGAGGUGGAUCACCGUGGUGGUUGCCUGAUCCUCCAGGACACAGGCAUUUCCCUCCUCAUCCCUCCAGGUGCUGUGGCUGUGGGUCGCCAGGAGCGAGUAUCAUUGAUCCUGGUGUGGGACCUGACAGAUGCUCCAACCCUGUCCCGAGCCCAGGGGCUGGUGAGCCCUGUGGUGGCGUGUGGUCCCCAUGGGGCCUCCUUCCUGAAGCCAUGCACACUCACAUUCAAGCACUGUGCCCAACAGCCCAGCCAUGCCUGCACCUACAGCAGCAACACAGCCCUGCUGGAUGCCAAGGCCUGGAGGCCCCUGGGCCGGCCGGGUGCCCAUACCUCCCGGGACGAGUGUCGUAUCUUGCUCUCCCACUUCAGCCUCUACACCUGUGUUCUGGAGGCACCUGUGGGCCAGGCUGCCCGCAAAUGGCUGCAGCUGGCUGUGUUCUGCUCCCCAUUGGCACCGGGGCAGACACACCUGCAGCUGCGAGUCUACUUCUUGAACAACACACCCUGUGCCCUGCAGUGGGCCAUGACCAAUGAGCAGCCCCAUGGUGGGCGCCUACGUGGGCCCUGCCAGCUCUUCGACUUCACUGGGGCCAGAGGUGACCAGUGCCUGAAGCUCAAGUACAUCUCUGAGGGUUGGGAGAAUGUGGAUGACAGUAGUUGCCAACUGGUUCCCCAUCUCCACAUCUGGCAUGGAAAGUGCCCCUUCCGCUCCUUCUGCUUCCGGAGAAAAGCAGCCAAUGAUAAUGAGGACUGCUCAGCGGUAACCAAUGAGAUCAUUGUCACCAUGCACACCUUCCAGGAUGGCUUGGAAACCAAGUAUAUGGAAAUCCUCAGAUUCCAGGCAUCAGAGGAGGAGUCCUGGGCAGUGCCACCCCCUGUCACCCAGCCACCGCCUUGCAAUAGGCUGCCCCCAGAGCUCUUUGAGCAGCUACAGAUGUUGUUGGAGCCAAACAGCAUCACAGGAAAUGACUGGCGACGACUGGCCUCCCACCUGGGGCUCUGUGGCAUGAAAAUACGGUUCCUGUCCUGCCAGCGCAGCCCCGCGGCAGCUAUCCUGGAGCUGUUCGAGGAGCAGAACGGCAGUCUGCAGGAGCUGUACGACCUCAUGAUCACCAUGGAGCGGCUGGACUGCGCCUCCGUCAUCCAGAGCUACCUGAGUGAGCCACCCGGUGGCAGCCCGGCCCGGGCCCGCGGCGGCGCCCAGGAGAACCAGGCCCUGGAGCUGAACGAGAAGCUGUGA